UCAUCUUAGGGAAGUGUCAAGUAGGCGGUGCAAGGAGAAGGUUCUAGAAGUUCGUCUUAUGGACGAGGGUUGUUCCAGCUAGAUAAAGGCCUAUUCUUUACGGAAAAAGCUAUACUUAUCGUCCAAACAACAAUGGUGAAGGAAACUGGCUUUUAUGACAUGUUGGGGGUGAAGCCCAAUGCCACUCCAGAUGAGCUGAAAAAAGCUUAUCGUAAAUUGGCCUUGAAGUACCACCCAGACAAGAACCCUACGGAGGGGGAGAAAUUUAAGCAGAUCUCCCAGGCAUAUGAGGUUCUGUCAGACUCCCAAAAGAGAGGGGUGUAUGACCGAGGAGGGGAGAAAGCCAUAAAAGAAGGAGGUGGAGGUGGUGGGGGUUUUGGAUCCCCCAUGGACAUUUUUGACAUGUUCUUCGGAGGCGGUGGCCGCAUGCACCGGGAGAGGAGAGGAAAGAAUGUGGUUCAUCAGCUCUUAGUUUCUUUGGAAGACCUCUACAAUGGAGCUACGAGGAAACUUGCUGUCCAGAAGAAUGUAAUUUGCGAUCGAUGUGAAGGUCGUGGGGGGAGGAAAGGUGCUGUGGAAAUGUGCAUAUCCUGCCGUGGUACAGGCAUGCAUGUGCGCCUGCACCAACUUGGUCCAGGCAUGGUGCAGCAGGUGUCUACAGUGUGCGGUGGCUGCCAAGGCCAGGGCCAGCGCAUUAGCCACAAGGACCGCUGCAAGGCCUGCGGUGGCCGCAAAAUCACUCGACAGAAGAAAAUUCUGGAGGUGCACAUUGACAAAGGUAUGAAGGAUGGACAGAAGCUUGUUUUCCAUGGGGAGGGAGAUCAGGAGCCUGGACUUGAGCCUGGUGACAUCAUCAUUGUCCUGGAUCAGAGAGUCCAUCCUGUGUUCACGAGACAAGGGGAAAAUCUGACCAUGACUAUAGAACUGCAGCUGGUGGAGGCCCUGUGUGGUUUUCAGAAGCCUGUUCAAACACUUGACAACCGAUGUCUCCUCAUCACCAGCCCCCCAGGGGACUUGAUCAAACCUGGGGACAAAAAGUACAUCAUGAAUGAGGGGAUGCCCAUGCACCGCCGGCCAUUUGAAAAGGGACACCUUAUUAUCCUUUUUUCGGUGGUGUUUCCUGAGGCCAACUUCCUCCCCAAGCACAAGCUAAAAGAGUUGGCACACUAUCUACCACCCAAAAAGGAAGGGGAGCAAUCCGAGAGCAUGGAUGAUGACCUAUACAUAUAUGUCGACCUAGAGGACUGCGACCCGGCCACAGUAAGACAGAGCCAUUACCACUACAUGGAGGAGGAUGACUACCCAUCCCCAGGUGGCGUGCAGUGCCAGACCUCAUGAGACCCCUUACCUCACCUCUUUCAAACUUUAAGGAUUCAACACCCUCUGGGAAAAUAUGCACAAAGCAUGUCUUAAUUUAACAAUAACUGUUGAGCUGAAGUGACCCUUUGGGCCAGUAAUCUGGAUCUCUGUUCCAAGACGACUGCUGUCUUUUAGUCGGAUCAUGUGCCUGAGUGAUUUGACAGUUUUUCAUUUCCUUAGAUGACUCAAAAUGGAGAUUCUGGAAGCGUUGUGGAUGCUGUGACCUUUUUUCAUAUGAAGUUUGAUUUCAUGGUAAUUUUUGUUUAUUAGCAGGCUGUUAGCACCCUCUUUUGCUUUGCUUUAUUGUUGCAAUGAGAACAGUUGGUGAUAGAUUUUGUUGGCGCCCAUAUGGGAAAGAUUAUUAAUUCCUCACACUGGAGAACUAUAGUCCUGUGUGCACAUUAGGGGUGUAACUAUGCAUCAAUAUGUAUCGGUGCACCAGUUUGUGUGGCAACGAUUCAUUUGUAUUGGUGGAAUUUUAAAUAAUCGAUUUAUACGGUGGAUUUGUUGUUUUAAUAAUAAUAUUAAUCUAUUGCAUUUGUAAAGCACUUUAUAGAGGAAUAAUCUCAAAGUGCAUGAAAGAGAAAAUAAUUAAUGAAUAUGCAAAUAAUUAUAUUAAAUAAAUAAAAGAACUCUGAAAUACAUAUAGAAAAUAUCUACAUUACAUUAUAUUGAUAAUACAGUAAACUGAAAUAAUACAUAUUAUAUAAUAAUGUACAGUAUAAUUUGAUUAAAUGGAAGUGCAGGGCAACUGUUAAAGGUGUGUCUUAUUGCCUGUUUUUAGAGCUGUGACUAUCUGUGCAUCCCUGACUCUGUCAGGAAGGGAGAUCAAGAGGUGAGGUCCAAUGUAGGAAAAGGCGAUCAUUAAGCAGAUUGGCGUUGCUGGACCAUAGGGGGCGUGGUGGUUUAUAGGGGGAGAGCAGGUCAGAAGCCAUUGAUAGCUUUAUAGAUUAAAAGGAUCACUUUAAAGUAAAUUUUUUUGAGGGACAAGAGGCCAAUGAACGUCAAUGAAUGUAGCUACUGCAGCAGUGGGUAACUCUGUCAAACGUAGCAGCCACUAAGGAAGGUAGGCAGUGAGUGUUCAAUAACUUCUCUUACCAUCAAAAAACACUGCCAAAUCUACUGAACUACACUAACACCACAAUGUCACUGAAAUAAACCACAGUCUCUAAACCAGGCUCCAUUUACAUAUGCAAAAUUCUACAGAUUAGAGCCAACUGCUGAAUGAGAGUUGGUUACAUUUAAAUUCAACAGGUAGAAGAAUGAACAGGCCAGCUGUCUAUAGCUUGCUCUAAAGAAUGUAACAGGAAAAGCGGCACAGCUUCACUCAACCGCAUUUGUAGUCAUGCACCUAAUGCCUCGGAAAGUUUGCCAACUUUUAUUUGAGAAGAUAACAAUUGAGCUGAUUGCACAGAUUUGUCUUAUUGACAGGUGUGUUAGAGUAAAAGACACUCCCAUGCAUCUGUCCCUGCACACUGUCUAUGUAGUUAGAUAAGCCAUUUCAAGGGUUGUUUUCAAUUAACGAAAUGUUUCUUUUGUUUAUUAAUAGCAAACGAUAUUUAGCAUGCUACCUAGCAGGUUAACAAGAUUAAUCAGUCAAAUAUAAAAAAUACAAAAGACAGCAGUGGAAGAACAGACAUAUAGGCUACUGCACACGCAGAGAUGUAGAAAGAUUUUCAUUAAUGAUAGGAUGUAUACAAUAUUAAACACUGUUUUUAUUUAAAAAAUGUCUUUUUCAGGUGUUUGUAAAUUGUUUGCUUUUUUGGCAGCACGCUGAGAGGUAAUAGCAAAUUGUACUGUAUGAAACAGCCAAUACAUUAAAUCGUUUCCCAUUGUAUUGAUACAGUAUUGUGUCACUGUGAUGCCUUUACAGUUCAAUGCAAUGAUACAGUUCAAUGCAAUGGAAUUAUUACAUUUUCAAGUAUUAGUUUUUUAUGCCUGAAUCGGUUAUGAUUCUUAAAUCCCUGCCAGUUAUUCCACUGACUUUAAUUCUAUACCCCAUUUUAGAUCAGUUGUAUAAUUGAUUGUUUUGUCGACAUUUUCAUAAAAUGCAUAUUGGCCUCUUUUCUGUAUCUGUAAGCUUUAAUUGUGCUGUGCACGGCGGUAUACACAGGGUGAAAGUAAGCUGUUAUGACAGAAUAAAUAGUGUGCGUAUGCCAUACUGACAAAACCGCUAUCAGAAAUCAACAGCACAAGCAUACAUUUAUCUCUAAGCUAAAGCUAUGGAUGACAAAAUGGCGCAAAGAGAAACUACAUUGGCCAUGUUUGUGGAAUAUGACUGGGUGCUAAGCACCUGUUCUUCAUUGGAAUUAGUCAAAUUCUUAUUGAACAUUUAAUCAACCUUAAGAAUACUUCUACGGCUGCAAUAUGUGCUGAGCUUGAACACCAGGGCUUCUCCUGUACGGUUUAGUUUUUUAGAAGUGUUAAUGUCAUUGGUUGAAUAGCAAUAGUGUAAUUUGAAAACAAGACCCAAUCAAUUCCAACAUUUAGCUGUUUGAGUACCAUUACUGAUGAGUUCGAAAAUGAGUUCAACUUUAAAUUUUCUAGUAAAUUAUUAUUUUUUUAAAUAGAGUUACAUUGCCAUGUUGAGUCUUGUUCUUACAUCUUUUACCUCAGUGAUUGGUGUGUUUGUUGUAAAGCCUGAGAGACAGAUUCAGUGAGAUCAUGUUUUUAUGCACAUUUUCAAAGCAAUGGUUGCAGGGACUAACAGUAAACUGUGUAUGUUGGCGCUAUUGGAAUCUACCUUUUACUUGUAAUUUUCUCUAACACAGAUCUUUUGUGGUCCCGACUGAAUUCAGGCCUUAAAAUCCAUGGAGAAUGAAGAGCUAUCACAGUAUUUUGCUGUCUUCAUUUCACUCUUAAUUUAACCUCUGGGUUUACCUGUGAAAGACUGCUACAAAAAUUGGGAUUUCGUUGUAAGCAAAUGUGCUGUUUUAAUUUUGCAUCCUUUGGGACAGGUGGAUUUAAUGUUAAAAUUGAAGAAAAAAAAAUAUUGUCAAAAGUUGUAUUUUUCUGAUCAGUUGUAUUAGAAACAAUCAUUUUGUUUGUAUAUUGUCAUAUUUAUAAUUAAAUACAGAAUGUUCUUUCUCAAGUGUUACAAAUGAACUUUGAAACAUUUCUGGGUAGUGCUGUGUGGCAAAUAUCCAGAUUGUCAUACCUACUUUGUGAAAUCCUGGCGUACUUGGUAAUAUGGCACUAAACACAAGGGUCCAACUGAGUUAUUUUCGGUCCAACUGAGUUUCUGUAAUCUGAAGGUUUGCGGUGCUACGUAUGUGAAAUCUCAUAGCAAAUGAAAGCUAUAAGACCUAAGAGACAUCAGUCUCUAACAUGAACUAGGACAGACAUCCUUGCUAUAUAAGUUUGCAAGGUUAGACAAAACAAAAGAAACGUUAUAUGGUGAAGGGCCAUUCCUUUAAAAUAUGUAAAUCAGCCUUACAAACGUAGCUGCUGAGGUCACAUUAGGUUGAUUGCCAACCAGCAGUAAAUAUUUUGGCUAUAAAAGACAUCUGACAAUUGGAACUUUGCUGGUUGCCUCAUGUUGCUUUGAAAACACAAUUACAAAGAUGCUUAAUAGUCGGUGCCUGAAUUGCGAGUGCAUUGAUCACAAAAAUGUACAGUAUAUGCCGAACAUGGACAUAUCAGCAAGGAACAAGAACGGCCGCAUGUUGAAGUUGGCAGGGCCUGGCAGGGUAAGACAGACAUGUAACAGGAGUAGGGCCAGCCUUUGCCUUUAAAAGAGCUCUAAUUCAUUCUUGGAAUUCUGUCAUACGAGUAUAGUGGGAUAUCGCACCAUUCUUCAAGAAGAAAGGCCAUAUUUUUUGGUGGAUCAUGGUGGAAAUCCACUGUGGGUUUACUGAGUUGGGGAGUGUCUAAUUUAAUUGAUAUCCCUAAUGUGAAUUUGGAUUUAUUUGUGUGAUAUCUGGACUGUACUCUGGACCAUUUGGAUAAAUUGUUGGGUUUCACUAUACGCCGUUUGUACAUUAUCAUUGUAUAUGGUAGUCUCUUUUUUGUGCCAUUGAUAUUUCUUAGUGUGUUUGGAAAGCAACUUUUUCUAAUUUGUUAACUUUGUCAAUACAAGCCAGCUUUUAUUUUUC